UACAUUUAGAAGGUAACCGUUGUGACGUCUUCGCUGAUUCGAAUGUUCGCGUUGCUAGGUAACCAGAGCAGAUCGUUCCAUCGUGACCUUGAAACCGCACGGACUUUGUCAAAGCUGUCAGGGAUUGAGAGAGACAAGUUUUUUUAAGGAUGGGUGACGCGGAGAAAGGGAAGAAGACAUUUGUGCAGAAGUGUGCGCAGUGUCACACGGUGGAGGCCGGCGGGAAACACAAAGUCGGGCCGAACUUAUCCGGAGUGUUCGGGCGGAGGACUGGUCAAGGAGUGGGGUUCGCUUACACCGACGCCAACAAGAACAAAGGUAUAACAUGGAAUGAGGAGACCCUGGAUAUCUACCUCACCAACCCUAAGAAGUACAUCCCGGGGACUAAGAUGGUGUUUGCCGGCAUCAAGAAAGCCAAGGAACGCAAGGACCUCAUCGCUUACAUCAAGCAAGCCUGCUCCUAAAUGGCUCCAUCCCUGUGCAGUUGCCAAGAAAUGCAGAAGCAGUGUAAUGGCAGAGACAUGUGCUUACCUUGAAUUUCCUCAUUUGCCCAUCAUCAAGAUCAUUGGAAAUAACAUGUCUUAAUUCACUUUUAAGAUUUAAUGUCUUAAAGAUUUCUUAAUCUCUUAACAUGAGAUGUUGAACUCACAGGAUUCUGUAAUCCAAAUAAAUUGUCAUUGAAUAAAAUGCUGACAACAUGG